AUGGGGUUCUCCGAAGUUGCGCAAACAGAUAUAGACCAUUCUCCUCGGCCCGAAUUCAAAGCCGAGGACCAGAUAGAAGCGCUUACGCCGGGUCUUCCUCCUCUCACCACGACCACGGAGCGCAAGCUUAUGGCCAAGAUCGAUUGGCACAUCGUUCCAUGUUUAUGCGUUCUGUACUUACUUGCUUUCUUGGAUCGGGUAAACAUCAGCAAUGCUGCCGUACUCGGGCUCCAGGAGGACCUCAAUAUUGUCAACGGAACGAAGUACAAUACCGCGCUGACGAUAUUUUUCGUUCCCUAUGUCAUAUUUGAGAUUCCGUCCAAUAUCUUGCUCAAGAAGUUGAAGCCCCAUGUAUGGUUGUCUAUGUGUAUGUUCAUGUUCGGCCUCGUCAUGAUCUGUCAAGGGCUGGUCUCGAACUGGGGUGGAUUGAUGACUACGCGCUGGUUCCUAGGAAUGUUUGAAACGGGCAUGUUCCCUGGUUGCUUCUAUCUGCUGGGCAUGUGGUAUAAACGCAGUGAAGCACAGAAGCGAUUCAGCUUCUUCUUUAGCUCUACUACACUGGCCGGCGCUUUCGGCGGCCUGCUUGCAAGUGGUCUAGGGAAGAUGGAUGGGAUCCGGGGGUAUGGAGGGUGGCGGUGGGUCUUCAUCAUCGAAGGGGUUAUCACCUGCGUUGUCGCUAUCAUCUGGUUUUUCGUGAUCCCAGGUUUUCCCGAGGAUGUCAAAUGGCUGAAUGAGGAGGAGCGGACUUACAUCCGAGCAAAGCUGGCUCAGGAUGUAGGUAAGGCUGGUGCUGAUGCCCAUAUGGGUUGGCGCGACGUAUUGGCUGUCUUCAAGGACUACAAGAUAUUUAUUGGCGGGUGUAUGUAUUUUGGGCAGGUCGUCACAGCAUAUGGAUAUGCUUACUUCGCCCCAACUAUCAUCAAGACCUACGGUUAUGGAGCCAUUCAAACCCAGCUGUACUCGAUCCCCCCAUGGGCAGCUGCAUUUGCGUUCUCGAUGGUAAUCGCCACUUUCUCGGACCUAGUUCGACAUCGGUUUGCUUUCACUUUGUUUCCCAUGAUGAUUGCCAUGGCUGGAUAUGGCAUUCUGUUGAACAUACACGGAGAGGCGCACCGGCACGUCCAGUACGGCGCGCUCUUCAUGGUCACCUGCGGCAGCUAUAGUGCGAUGCCAGUCAUUGUAUGUUGGUUUGCGAUGAAUUUGGGAGGCCAUCGCCGACGCAGCGUGGGCACAGCAUGGCAGGUUGGAUUUGGAAACAUUGGAGGGAUCAUCUCCACCUAUUCAUUCCUAGCAAAAGAUGCGCCUCUCUACCGAAACGGCUACAUUAUCAGCCUGUCCUUCCUUUGCUUCUCCGCUGCCUGCUGCAUUGCGUACUUUGUGGCCAUCUGGACGGAGAACAAACGACGGGACCGGGUCAUGGCCAAUGGGGCGCCAGCGGAGCUUCGAGGUGAGGAAGAAGAGGUCCUAGGAGAUCUGGCGGUGACCUACCGCUAUGCGUAUUAG